CUCCCUCCCGGCGCGCGGGGCCGGCCCUUCCCUACCAGCGCCGAGCGCGCGGAGCCGCGGAGCCGGGCCGCCUUAGGAGGAGCAGCGCCCGCCCAGGCGGCCUGUCCGGCGGGGAUCGCGAGGAGGGCCGGGGGCGCCUGGGCGCGGGCGGCGCGACACUCGAGAAGCGGGCCCAGGCCUACGGAGCCCGGCCGGGCAGCUCAGGGCGAGGCCUCAGAGGGAGGCCCAGCCCGAGCUGUCGCCCGGCCGCCCGGUUGGCAGCGACCCGGCGCCCUGGGCUGGGGAGGCGGCCAGCCCCGCGGAGCGGGCGGGAGGAGGCGGCCGCAGAGCCGAGGCUGCCGGCCCCGGCCGCCGCGCACCCUCCCUUUCCGCCCCUUACCUCGCCGCGCCUCCUCCUCUCGCUCGCGUCGCCUCCUCUCCUCCGCCCCGCGCCGCUCCCGCCCGCGCCCCGGCCGCCGAACCCAGCCCGGCCGGGCCCCGGCCUCGCGCGUUCGUGGCCGGGCCGGGCGGACACCGGCCCCUCGGCGCACGCGGCCCCUCCCCCGGGGCUGGCGGCUUCCGGACCUUUCCGGCUGUGGACCGAGCAGCCGCGGCACUGUCGCCGAAGGCUGAGCGCCGGGCUGGGCUGCGCAGACCCUCACGGCCGCUCGGGACGCCUCCGGUGCGGGAGCGAGGACGUCCCGGGUCCGGGCUGAGGGCGCCCCGGGCACUCAGUGGGGCCGGAUCCCUCCUGGCAAGGCAGCCCCCGCGGGCCCGGGCUCCGGCCCUUCCGGACCGGACUGAGCGGAUCCCGGACGGCGCCGAGCCCGGGGAAUGCCGGGCGCGGGCUGAGGGGAUCCCUCCGACUUUGGCUCGCGGUCUGGGACCGCCUUGGCGUCGCCUCAGACGCCCUGCGACCAGGUCACUUGUGGCCUGAGAGCCCCCGGCCGGCCGACCCUGGCUUCUUCCCCUCCCGCAGUCCGGCGGGGGUUGGGGGAGAUUUUUCCUGCCCCCUUUCUGGGAGCGCGGAGGCCCCGCCCCCUCCCAUCGCCCAGAUGUCUCCCGGGGUGGCUCUGAGGACCUCCCUGAGGCCAGGGGCCGAAGGGUCCAGAGAGAGAAGCCCACCCUAGGGAGCCUGGGGGGCCCCCCAACCUCAUCUUGGGGCUUGGCCCCCGACGCUGAUCGGAAGGCAGACCGGUACCCCCACCCUCGGGGGCUGCCCUCCUCCAAUCCAGCUCCCUUCCCAGAGCUGCCCACAUCUGGAACCCCCUCCACAUCUGGAAGACCCCAGCCACCAUCCUUCUGCAGGUGUCAAUUGCAUCCAGAGAUCUCUGCCUUUGCAACUGCCCAAGAGUUGUGAGGGGAUUGCCUCUACCUUCCCCUAUCCCAAGGGCAUCUCACCCUUAGUCCCUGCAGAGUCACCCCUGCCUCUGUCCAGGCUCGGCUGGACAUCAGCCCAGCACACCGAUAGGCACAUUGAGUCCUGGAGGCCACGCCUGAGGUCCAAAGCCCCUCCCCCUGCCCUCCUAUGUCCUCACCUUGAACCCCUGUGUCAGAUCUGUCUGCCUCUGGGUGUCCCUUUCCCCAUCCAGAGGCAGGGGAGGUGGGAUAGCAGGGGUCAGGGGCUGGGUGAGAACCACCCAGGGCCAGGGUGUGCUAGGGGGCCGUUAAGAUGUGGAGCUCUGCCUGGCUGAGGGGGGCUCUGUGGAGGCAGACGCAGUGUGUGCCUGGCUGGGGGAAGUAUGGGCAGGCCUGCUGCCACGUGGUGAAGGAUGAACAUUCGGGGCACCCUGGACCUCGGGCAGCCCAGUGACGACCCCAGCAGUGGUGGCGAGCGGGAGCGGAUUCGACAGCGCAUGAAGAUGGUCAUCGGGCAGCUCGAGGGCAUUCUGCGGGAGCUCAAGGAGGUGGCCAAGGAGCUCAGGGAGGUGGUGAGCCAGAUAGAUAAGCUGACCUCGGACUUCGACUUUGAACUGGAGCCGGACGACUGGACCACGGCCACUGUGAGCAGCACCUCCAGCAGUGACAAGGCCGGUGUGGGCGGCCCCUUUGACCUGGGUCACCUGGACUUCAUGACUGCCGACAUCCUCUCAGACAGCUGGGAGUUCUGCUCCUUCCUGGAUGUCUCUACCCCCUCGGACUCUGUGGAUGGCCCUGAGCUGACCCGACCAGGGGCUGGCCCUGACUACCGACUCAUGAAUGGCGGCACGCCCAUCCCUAAUGGGCCGCGGGUAGAGACCCCGGACUCUUCCAGUGAGGAGGCCUUCAGCACUGGCCCUGUUAAGGGCCAGCUGCCCCAGCGGACCCCAGGCACACGGGAGAGAGUGCGGUUCAGUGACAAAGUGCUCUACCAUGCUCUGUGCUGUGAUGAUGAGGAGGGGGACGGCGAAGAGGUGGCAGCAGAGGAGGAGGUGGGCCUGUCCCCAGAGCCUCCUAGAACAGAGGCCCACGGGGGCCCCCUCAAGACCUCUCUGGCCCCCAACAAGCCAAGGCGCUCUGUACUUACUGGCCGAUGCUCGGCCCCUACCUUGGCCCCUGAGCAGACCCGAAGGGUCACAAGGAACAGCAGCACCCAAACGGUUUCAGACAAGAGCACGCAGACAGUGCUUCCCUACACAGCCACCAGGCAGAAAGCCAAGGGGAAAAACUAAGGGCCAGGGAGGGGACAGGGGGAUGGUGGGUACAUAGAGUUAUAAAUAUAUAUAUACAUAUAUAUUUAAACAAACACAGUCAUAAUAAAAUUUUAAAAUGCCGAGGAUCCAGCCCCACAGGC